AUGGGGAUUCACCUGUCGAUUCGCAUGCACUCGAAACUACUAGUUCUGUUGUUGUUUCAUCUUGUGGUUGCAAACUUUGUAGACUCUUUGCAGCAGCUAUCUUGCCACGCCGAGGAGAGCUCUGCCUUGCUGCAGUUCAAGGAGAGCUUUAUGAUUGACAAAUCUGCUUCAAGGAAUGACGGUGCUUAUCCAAAGGUUUCAUCAUGGAAACCAGCUGGAGGAGGAAAUAGCAGCUGCUGCUUGUGGGACGGUGUGGAGUGUGACGAGAUGACGGGUCAUGUUAUUAGCCUUAAUCUCAGCAGCAGUUAUCUCUAUGGCUCUUUCGACUCUAAUAGUAGCCUAUUCAGCCUGGUGCAUCUUCAAAGGUUAAUCCUCUCUCACAAUAACUUCAAUCACUCUCAAAUUCCAUCUAGCAUAAGAAAUUUCCCAAGCCUCACUCAUCUUGACCUCUCUUGGUCUUUCUUUUCUGGUCAAGUCCCAUCUGAAGUCUCAUACUUGUCCAAGUUGACAUACCUUAAUCUGUGUUGUAAUGUUCUUGAAAAUGGAGCUCCUGGUCAUCCUGAUCAAUUGUUGAAACUUCAACCAUCCGAUAUGAGAAGUUUGGUUCAAAAUUUAACUAGUCUAGAAACUCUUUAUCUCAGUUAUAUUAACAUAUCAUCAAUCAUACCCGUUUCCGUGACAAAUUUAUCAUAUUUAACAUCCCUUGCCCUCAGGGAAUGUGAUCUGUUUGGCGAAUUUCCAAUGAAAAUUUUCAGUCUACAGAACUUAGAAGUUCUUAGUGUGAGAUACAACUAUAAUCUCACUGGAUAUUUGCCCGAAUUUAAUCGAAGUAGUCCUCUCAUCUCACUGAGAGUUGGGUUUACUAUGUUUUUCGGAACAAUACCUUCUUCGAUUGAAAAGCUUAAUUCAUUGCAAGAGUUGGAUGUCGUUCAAUGCAAUUUUUCAAACUCGUUGGUUCCUUCUGCACUUGGCAAUCUUAGACAGCUCACUUACCUAGACAUUUCAAAAAGCCCAUUUGGAGGUCCAAUUCCUGAUUCUUUGGCAAACCUUACCCAAUUGACUGUGUUUAGAGUUAGUACAAGUUCUUUAACUGGUCCAAUUCCAUCUUGGCUAGGAGAACUUCCAACUGUCAUACCCUGGGUUAACCUAAUAGGCUUGAGGCUUUCGUUCAACACUUUUCAUGGACAAUUACCAAUCCCUCCACCAUCCCUGCAAGAAUAUGGAGCUACCAACAACAAUUUUACUGGAGAAAUUUCACCAUUGCUUUGCAAUAUGAGUUCUCUUCACAACUCUUUUCAUGGCAUGAUGCCUCAAUCAUACAACAACAGAAGCAGUUUGAGGAUGAUUGAUGUUAGUCAUAACCAAUUGCAGGGGCAAUUACCGUGGUCAUUGGCGAAUUGUGUGAUGCUUGAGUAUCUGGUUCUGUCAAACAAUCAAUUCAGAGAUAUUUUUCCCAUUUGGUUGGGGACUCUUCCAGAGUUAAAACUUUUGGCAAUGCCCCAUAAUCACUUCAACGGUGUUAUAGGACAGUCUAGAACAAAUGUUGACUUCUCCAAGUUACGCAUUCUUGAUUUGUCUUUCAACAAUUUCACAGGUGAGAUUCCAGCUUUGUUUCCAAAUAUUACUGUAAACAAGUCAACAUACAUGUUCGAGAAGGGUUUGCAGCCAUUGAUAUCUCAAACAACAAAUUUGAAGGCAACAUACAUGUAUACAGAAGUAGCCUAUGACUUCAAUGGUUUUUAUGUUGGGCGGAGUGUUGAUUACUCAAUCACAUUAGCAAUUAAAGGUUUGGAUUUGUUCUAUUCAAGGGUUCGAGAAGGGUUUGCAGCCAUUGAUAUCUCAAACAACAAAUUUGAAGGUAAGAUUCCAGAAUUCACUGGGAACCUUAAAGAGCUUCGCUCACUCAAUAUUUCCAGCAACAUUCUCACUGGUUCUAUUCCAUCAUCCUUGGGGAACUUAAGGAAUCUUGAAUCGUUGGACCUUUCACGAAACAAGCUCUCAGGACUGAUCCCCCAACAGCUGACUAAGCUUACAUUCCUUGGGAGCUUUGAUGUGUCUCACAACAAUCUCACAGGUCCUAUACCGCAAGGUACCCAACUUACUUCAUUCAAUAGCACUUCAUAUGAGGGAAACCCAGGAUUGUGUGGAGAUCCAUUACCAAAGAAAUGCGGAAAUCAAGAGGCCCCUCAACCGCCACCUUCAACUGAAGAAGACAGUGAUUCAGGCUCAGCUCGAACGCUUGAAUUUGAUUUGAAAUUUUGUUUGGCUGGAAUUGGAAGUGGGUUUGUAGUGGGAGUGGUUCUCGCGGAUGUCGCCAUCACAAGAAGGCAGGAGUUGUUUCUUAAGAUUGUUGGAAUGGUGAGGCUAAUGAUACGGAAAGGGUAGAGUGGGGGAUGUAGAAGUAUAGUUUGUUAUAAAGUCAU